GACGGACUUCCUGUGGGACAAGCGCACCGGGCUGACGGCCAAGAAGGAUCCGCCUGAUCAAAACUCAAGAGAGCAAGAGGUCCCUCCGCUGGUAGUCCUCGACUUACAAUCGUUUGCUUAGUGACCGUCUCGGAGUUACAACGGCGCUGAAAAAAGGGGACUUGGGACCCGGUUUCCACACUUAACGAUCCCCAGGAUCUGCCUGAUCAAAAUUCAAGAGAUCAAGAGGUCCCUCCGCUGGUAGUCCUCACUUACUUACAACUGUCCGCUUAGUGACCGUCUUGGAGUUACAACGGCGCUGAAAAAAGGGGACUUGGGACCCAGUUUCCACACUUAACGAUCCUCAGGAUCCACCUCAUCAAAAUUCAAGAGAUCAAGAGGUCCCCUCUGCUGUAGUCCUCAACUUACAACCGCCCGCUUAGUGACCGUCUCGGAGUUACAACGGUGCUGACAAAAGGGACAUGUUUUCACACUUUAGGGCCCUCAUGAUCCGAAUUCAGUAGCUAGGCAACUGACUCGUAUUUAUGACGGUUGCAGUGUCCGGUGGGGGUGGGGGUGUCCCGUGAUCCCCUUUUGCGACCUUCCGACCAGCAAAGUCAAUGAGGGAAGCCUGAUUGACUUAACAACCUGAUAUUACUGCAGCGAUUCACUUAACAACCGCAGCCAGAAAACCUCGUCGAAUGGGACAGAAUUCACAUUAACAACAGCAAUGUGGGGGGGGGCCUCCGUGGUGGUCGUAAGUCGAGGACUCCCUCUAAAGCCUGGCCUACCUCACAGGAUCGUGAGGGAGAAUCUAGGAAGGUGAUGAAUGGAUGGGCUCAAAACGUAUAAAAAGGUUUUUGAAGGGAAGUCACUUGAAGGCUAGGUAGGAAAGCCUGAGAAUUAGACCCGGCUUCAGAUAUGGGCAGCAUCGAAAAUGUGAGCACGCACUUUGCACGCAUGCGAACGGCUUAAAAAACACGUCUUAACAGUCACUCCACACACAUACAGAAAUGUAUUUUUGUAGUCUUUUUUUUCUCCAAUUAAUUGUAUGGGGAUUAUUCUCUAUACUAUUGUAUGUUGUUUUGUAUUUUCCGCUAUGGAUUGCACCAGGGAGGCUAAACCAAUUUCGUUGUAUAUAUUAUGUACAAUGACAAUAAAGGCUAUACUACUGUACUAUAGUAGUCAGGACGUGGUGGCUCAGUGGCUAAGACGCUGAGCUUGUCGAUGGAAAGGUCGGCAGUUCAGCGGUUCGAAUCCCUAGCGCCAUGUAACGGGGCGUGCUCCCGUGACUUGUCCCAGCUUCUGCCAACCUAGCAGCUCGAAAGCAGAUAAAAAAUGCAAGUAGAAAAAUAGGGACCACCUUUGGUGGGAAGGGAACAGCGUUCCGUGCACCUUUGGCGUUGAGUCAUGCCGGCCACAUGACCACGGAGAUGUCUUCGGACAGCGCUGGCUCUUCGGCUUUGAAACGGAGAUGAGCACCGCCCCCUAGAGUCAGGAACGACUAGCACAUAUGUGCAAGGGGGACCUUUACCUUACUCUACUCUGUUCUACUAUAGAAUACUAAAUAGGAUGGCAUAGCGCUGGUCGCAACUACCGGUUCAUCACUGCCGGGCUUCCUUUUUCCUUCCAACUGACCUACCUUGCAGGGUGGUUGUGUACAUGUAUGUUUGUUGUUGUUUUUCGGGCUGUUUCUUACCACUUUUAAGGUUCAACCUCUCCGCUUGGUCCUCUGACUCUUUUCCUCCCCUUGCCAGAUGCCUCGUUCUCGGAGAUUUCUCUCUUCAGAACGCAGCAGCCGGGGCAGCUACCGCGAGUGUUACCGAAGCCGUAAACACAAGCGGCGACGGAGCCGUUCCCGCUCGAGUAGCAGUGAGCGAUGGCGUCCCAGAGAGGAUAGCUAUCAUGUCCGAUCCCGGAGUUACGACGAUCAGUCGUCCGACCGACAUGCCUACGACCGGCGAUACCUGGAGGAUUACCGGCGAGACGGCUACAGCGACCGGGGCGGCGAUGCCUACUACGAACCCGAAUACCACCCUUCGGAUGAGUACCAACGUUCUCGGGAGGGCAGUUACCGGAACUGCAAGAGCAACCGGCGGAAACGGCAACGGAAACGGCACGGAAGCCACUCCUUCAGCCAUUCCUCCUCGCAGAGUCGUCCCGGCAGCAGGAGGAGAGCCAAGAACGUGGAAGUCGACGUGGAAGGCCACCUCGUCUAUCGGGUCGGCGACUGUCUGCAGGAGAGAUAUGAGAUCGUCACCACUCUCGGGGAAGGCACCUUCGGUCGUGUGGUGCAAUGCAUCGAUCACCGCAGGGGCAACACCCAGGUGGCUCUCAAAAUCAUCAAGAACGUCGAGAAAUACAAAGAAGCCGCUCGCUUGGAGAUCAACGUGCUGGAGAAAAUUAACGAGAAAGAUCCCAACAACCAAAACCUCUGCGUCCGGAUGUACGACUGGUUCGACUACCACGGCCACAUGUGCAUUUCUUUCGAGCUCCUGGGCCUCAGCACCUUCGACUUCCUGAAGGAUAACAACUACCUGCCCUACCCGCUCCACCAGAUCAGGCACAUGGCCUACCAAGUGUGCCAGGCGGUCAGAUUUCUACAUGAGAACAAGCUCACCCAUACGGACCUCAAGCCAGAGAACAUCCUUUUCGUCAAUUCGGACUACGAGAUGACCUACAACCUGGAAAAGAAACGUGACGAGCGCAGCAUCAAGAACACAGCCAUUCGGGUGGUGGAUUUUGGCAGUGCCACUUUCGACCACGAGCAUCACAGCACCAUCGUCUCCACGCGGCACUAUCGGGCACCCGAGGUCAUUUUAGAACUUGGCUGGACUCAACCUUGCGACGUUUGGAGCGUUGGCUGUAUUAUCUUCGAGUAUUAUAUGGGCUUCACCUUGUUCCAGACCCAUGACAAUCGCGAACACCUGGCUAUGAUGGAGCGUAUCUUAGGCCCCAUCCCAUCCCGGAUGAUCCGAAAAACAAGGAAGCAGAAAUAUUUCUACCACGGACAUUUGGACUGGGAUGAGAAUACCUCUGCGGGGCGCUACGUGCGCGAAAACUGCAAGCCGCUCCGGAGGUACCUGGCGUCCGAAGCCGUAGAACACCACCAGCUCUUCGACCUCCUGGAGGGCAUGCUAGAAUACGAACCGGCCAAACGGGUGACCCUUUCCGAGGCCCUCAAGCACCCCUUCUUCAGCCUCCUCCAACUCCAGCCCGCCCCGAAAGCUUGGGAUUCGAACCGGGACAUCAGCCGGUGACCCGUCGGGCUUCUUGGCUUCGUUUCCUGAACCCCUGACACCCCCCCUUCCUCUUCCUCCUCCUCCUCUCAACGUAUUUGGCCCCUGUGGUGGCUGGCCCAACUUUUCUCCAUUUUUGGUGCUUUUUCCGACCAUCCGAAGAAUACAGAAAAAAACUUUUUUGAGUUCUCCUCUCCUCCAGGUUCCCUCCCUUUUUUUUGUUACCUUAUAAAGCUUGUGGAUAUGUGAAAUAGUUUGUAAAUAUCUCUCUCUAUAAAAUAUAUAUAUAUAUAUCUGUGUAUAUAUAAAUUAUAUAUAAAACACACAGGAUAUCUUGUGCCAUUUCCCUCCCUCUGUAAAUAAUGCUACUGUCGCCCCAACCCCCUUCUCCCCAAUCUGUCCUUUCUGCCCGGUUCUCUACCCUGCGUGGAUUUUGCGGUUUGUCGGACAAUUAUUUUUGGGGAGAACAAACCAUAUCCCUGUUUCAAAUGCUGGCAUUUUAUAUGAAUUUUGUACAGUCUUGGUGGGGAGGAAAAAAUAAAAAAGGCCACGUCCAAUGAAGUUCG